CCCUCCAGCCACACUUGAGAGGCCUUUUCUCCUCCAGGAUUUACAGACAUCUCUCUCUGACUUAAUUAGCACAUUUCAACACUCCAGUAGGGAAACAAGACAGUACCUAAUUUCAAAAACCUGCUUCUGUUAUGUUUCUGCUCAAGUAUCCUCUCUUUUCCAUGGAGUUUGGGAUUUUAGAAAUAAAAGCCAAGAUGAUCAGCAUGCUAUUUCUGCUAUGCCCUGCCGGGCUCUUCCACUGGCCAGUGAACAUGGGUCUGCUACCCACUUGAAUGCAGAAGGGAAAACGUGAAAUAAAGGAAGAAAAGGAAAAAAAUGAACAGGAAAAGAUUAACAUCUCAAAGUAUCCUGCCACAUUUGAAAGAUGUGAGAGUUGAAUUCAUGGGAAAGGUUCUGCUGGGAAAAAGGAGUUGUUCUUGAAAAUGGGGUCUGUGCUGUUGCAGAGACUGUUGAACCUAGGUCCACAGAAUGCUCUGAUGUCAUCACUGAGGUUAGAGAAUUCUGCUGUAGGCCUGGCAACCUUUGAAACUUAACAGCCCUGGUGAGCACUAGGCAGUACUGCUUGUUCACUAAGUGGUCCAAGUUGUUCAGCCAUUUAGGAGACUUGACUAUUUUUAUUUGUAUUGAAUCAUUUCAACGGAUUUCCCAAAAGCCAAGAAGGGCCAACCUGUAGGGAAGAGGAGGAGUUGGACGUGAGGCAUCUUCUAAGGGAAUCUUCCAGUUGGUACGAUGAGACGGCGACAAAAGAGGAAACAUCUGGAAAGUGAAGAGUCCCAGGAAACUGCCGAGAAGGGAGGAGGAAUCUCGAAGUCACAAGAGGAUCCCGCUCGGCUUGGAUCCCCUGUGGUGGCCCAAGGCUGCAGCCCAGGGGCAGGGGAGGUCUCCUCUGCCUCUGAAUACUUCUCCUGUGCUUCUUCUCCACGCAAGCUCAUCCGCGGUGGAAUCUGGAGAUUACAUCAAGACACUCCCCAGCCUAGAGCACCCCUAGCCCGGGUUCAGGAAGAAGGGGAGACCGCUCCCCCACCACAGUGUGUCGCCUUCUCAUCCCCUUCAUUCAGUAAGACCUCUCUGUAUACAAACAAAGAGGAAAGAGGCAUGAAAAUAUACUACAUGCGGGUGAAAACGAUCAAGGGUGUAGCUGUCUCCUGGGAGACAGAGAAACCCUUGGGGUUGCUAGAAAAGCGGCUGAGGAUAGAAGAAGUGACCCUUCCUGAGGAUGUGCGGGUAGGUUCUCCCCGCUCUGCUGUGUCCACCAGAAACCGCCUGUUUGACAGUGAGCCCACUGGGGAGGAGAAAGAGUGUGAGGAAAGGGCAGAGCCAUACAGCCCAUCAGGGUCAGCUGCAGUCCAGGAGAGACCCAGGGCCAAGACACCGGACUGGCUGGUGACCAUGGAGGCCGGCUUCAGGUGCAUGGCCUGCUGCCGGGUGUUCCCCACCUUGGAGAUCCUCCGGCAGCACGUGCGGUACGGCGUCCAGGAGGGCUUCAGCUGCCAUGUCUUUCAUCUCACCAUGGCCCAGAUGAUGGGCAAUGUGGAAUCCGAGAGCACCACCGAGGAGGAGGUGGAGGAGGGAGAGGAGGAGGAGAAGCAAGGAGCAAAGGAGAAUGAGGAGGAGCAGCCCACGGGGGAAGACCUCAGCCCGAGGAGACCGUGGAGCCAAUGUCCAGGCUGCGUGUUACAUUCUCCGAAGGACAGGAACAACUGAGAUUCAUGGGACAAG